CUCAUGCCUCCCCCUUUUCCAAGGCAUUGAAGCCAAGGCCAAAGGCAAACCCUUCCUCCUCCUCCUCCUUGCCACAGAUCGGAGAGAUCACAGGAGCUCAGCAAGGCCGGCCGGCGAUCGAGAUCGGAGGCAUGGCGGCCAAUGUGGGCGCGGGCAGGAGUGCCGUCGGCGGCGGCGGUGGUGGUGGAGCGGGUGGCACUGGCACUGCUGCUGCCAGCGGCAGCGUGGCGACGACAGCGGUGUGCCGCCCCAUCGGCUCGCGGUGGACGCCGACGCCCGAGCAGAUCAGGAUACUCAAGGAGUUCUACUACGGCUGCGGCAUCCGGUCGCCCAACUCGGAGCAGAUCCAGCGCAUCACCGCCAUGCUGCGCCAGCACGGCAAGAUCGAGGGCAAGAACGUCUUCUACUGGUUCCAGAACCACAAGGCCCGCGAACGCCAGAAGCGCCGCCUCACCAACCUCGACGUCAACGUGCCCACCGCCGCAGCCGCCGGCGCGGCCGACGCCAGCACCCACCUAGGCGUCCUCUCGCUGUCGUCGCCUUCAGGUAACUAGUCUAGCGCGGCGCCUCCCUCGCCCACCCUCGGCUUCUACGCCGGCAAUGGCGGCGCCGGCUCGACCGUGCUGCUGGACACGAGUUCCGACUGCGCUGCCAUGGCCACUGAGACAUGCUUCCUGCAGGACUACAUGGGCGUGAUGGGCACGGGCAGCGCGGCCGCCGCGUCGCCGUGGGCAUGCUUCUCGUCGUCGAACACUAUGGCGGCGGCCGCGGCACGGGCACCGACGGUGACGCGGGCGCCCGAGACGCUCCCUCUCUUCCCGACGGGCGGCGACGACAGCCAGCCCCGGCGGCCGCGGCACGGAGUCCCAGUUCCAGUUGCAGCAGGCGAGGCCAUCCGCGGCGGCAGCAGCAGCAGCAGGUACCUGCCGUUCUGGGGUGCCGCGCCCACAACUGCCAGUGCCACUUCCAUUGGGAUCCAGCAGCAACACCAGCUGCUGCAGCUGCAAGAGCAGUACAGCUUUUACAGCAACGCCAUGCCCGGCACCGGCAGCCAAGAUGCAUCAGCAGCAUCCCUGGAGCUCAGCCUCAGCUCCUGGUGCUCCCCUUACCCUGCAGGGACCAUGUGAGAGGCUGCCACUGCUCGCUCUUCACUCCACAGAAACAAGGAACAAUGUGUCUGCUGUGAGUUUAUGUCUCUGAAAUCUCAUGGAGUAGUAGUAGUGACCAUAGUGUUGCUGUCAUUGUCCUAGGUUAGUAGCUACCAGUCCAAUUAAGCAUCAGGCAUAGGAGUAUGUCUAGCAUGUCUGAAGAAAGGCAAUAGUGUUUGGAGAUCUCUAGUACUAUUUGAUAGCGAAUUUGCAGAUGCAGCUGCACAGGCAUUAAUGCAUGUUGCCGGCUGGGCUUUAGACUCUAGCUACUGCAUGCGGUGGUCCGUGGUCCUCAUGUGUGUUUGUGUGUGGUAGUAGCAGCACCAGCAGUCCAGGACAACAGUGUGGACUGCUGCAGUGAAUUCUAGUGCACUGGUGGUGGUUGUAAUUGCUUGUAUGCGGGCUAGUUUGGGCAGCUGGGGCACAGUUGUGUCAAACUUGUCCCUCCCUUUUGUGACUUCCAGAAAAAGGAAUGAGGCCGCCUGCAUGUCUGCUUUUCCAUGCUCCUCACCUCCGCCUGUUGUCUGUUGAGACUUGAGAGACUUCUCUCAGCGCUGUUUCCAGCAUGCAGAUGCAGUACCAUGGUUUUCUCAGUUCAGCCUUU